UUAGGGUCUAAACCGGGUGGUUUGAACCGGUUUAUUGUAAAGGUUUAGGAAGUUGAACCCUUUUUUGUUCCCCCACUUCUUCCUCGCCGUCGCCGCGUUUGUUCUAGCUUCGUCGUUUCAGCUUCUCUCUCUCUCAGGUUGGAGAUAGAGAGAGUGCAAAAAAAAAUCAUGUCGGCCCUUGUGGCGUUAUGCAGAGCUCGAGCUUCUUCUUCUUCUUCUUCUUCUGUGUUCAAUAGCCUUGUUCGUCCAGCAUUUCGCAGCUUCUCCACAGGUUUUGGUGAUGUGCAGAACAAAACACUGGUGGCGGAAAUGGAAGAAAAGAUGCUUCACAUGGACAUCAACUCAAUGAUAGGAAGCUCCAUGCCGCUUGGAAUGAUGCGCAUAGGAACAAUCAUCCACAACAUCGAGAUGAACCCUGGUCAAGGCGCCAAGCUAGUACGAGCCGCGGGAACAAACGCCAAGAUCCUCAAGGAGCCUGCUUCGGGGAGGUGCUUGAUCAAGCUUCCUUCAGGCGACACCAGGUGGAUCAACGCCAGGUGCCGUGCUACCAUCGGUACAGUGUCGAACCCGUCUCAUGGAGUGAAGAAGCUGUAUAAAGCAGGACAGAGUAGGUGGCUGGGGAUAAGACCGAAAGUGAGAGGAGUGGCGAUGAAUCCGUGUGACCAUCCACAUGGUGGUGGUGAAGGGAAAAGCAAAAGUAGUGGAAGCAGAGGUAGGACGUCGGUUAGCCCUUGGGGGAAGCCGUGCAAAGGUGGUUACAAGUCUGCUAGUGUCAAGAAGAAGAAGAAGCGAUUGGCUGCUAGAGAAGCCAAGAUGUGAUCUUGAUAGAACAAGUUACAAUAAUGUCUUCAAAUGCAUCUUUUUUUUUUGAGAGACUUGGUUCUGAAUGUUGUUACGUGUUUUUUUUUUCCUUGGAACUGAAAUCAAACGUUUUGAUCGUCAUAAACGUUUUUAAUAAACGCGUUUUUCAGUA